AUGAGCGAUAGCCACCUGACUGCAUUGCGCCUGCCACCAUUCGGACUUAUCGGAAACAGCGAUGGAGGUUCAUACUCUGGUGAAAUCGAUCAUACUGGCUUCCUUUCGGACAACAUAGGGUCAUUGUUCCUGAACCCAAAUUUUUCCGAUGUCAUGUUUGUGGUCGACGGCGAGAAAUUCCCUGCCCAUAAAGUUCUUCUUGCUGCUCGUAGUGAAUACUUCAGGCAAGAAUAG